UUUCGUGAAUCUGGACAUUUAAAGAAGCAUUUAGGAACUCAUGGAAACAAGAUGAGAGAAGAAGGGCCGUUCUCUUGCGAGUCGUGUGAAAAGACGUUUUUCCAUAUUGGACACUUAAGCAGGCAUAUCAAAACUCACACAGGAGAAAAGCCGUAUUCAUGUGACCUUUGUCAAAAAGCAUUUAGUAACCCUAGUAUUUUGAAGAAACAUUUAAGCACUCAUGGAAACGGGGAGAGCGAAGAUGGGUUGCUUUCUUGCCAGUUCUGUGAAAAGAAGUUUAAGUUUAUCGCACAUUUAAAGAUUCAUAUCAGAACUCACACGGGAGAAAAGCCAUAUUCUUGUGACCAUUGUCAAAAAGCAUUUAGUGACCCUUCGGCUUGGAGGGCACAUUUAAGAACUCAUACUGGAGAAAAUCCGUUUUCUUGCAACCAUUGUCCCAAAGCGUUCAAUCGGAUGGCAUGUUUGCGCCGUCAUCUUAGAACUCACACGGAAGAAGCACCAUAUUCUUGUGACUAUUGCCUAAAGACAUUUAAAGAAACAGACAACUUAAAAAGACAUUUAAGUAUUCAUACAGGAGAAAAGCCUCAUUCUUGUGACUAUUGUGGAAAAGCAUUUACUCUCCCUGGUACCUUGAAACUGCAUGUAAAAACUCAUACAGAAGAAAGGCCGUUUUCUUGCAAUCAUUGUCAAAAAUCGUUUAGUCUGAAGACUUAUUUAGAAAAGCAUCUUAGGACUCACAGGGAAGAAACGCCAUAUUCUUGUGACUAUUGCCUAAAAACAUUUAAACUAAGAGGAUACUUAAAAAAGCAUUUAAGCAUUCAUACUGAUGGAGAAAAUCCGUUUUCUUGCAGCCAUUGUCCCAAAGCGUUCAGUCGAAUGGCAUGUCUGCGCAGGCAUCUUAGAACUCACACAGGAGAAAGGCCGUAUGCUUGUGACUGUUGUCAAAAGACAUUUAAAGAACCCGGAAAUUUGAAGAGACACUUAAGAAUUCAUACAGGAGAAAAGCCUCAUUCUUGUGACUCUUGUGGAAGAGCAUUUACUAAUACUAGUAACCUAAAGCUACAUCUAAAAACUCAUACAGGAGAAAUGCCGUCGGAAGACACAUUUAUAAAGGCUUCUUAAAACUCACGUAGAAUAAAAAGCCAUUCAAUAAGUUUGACAUUUUAUGGAAUCACUUCUGAAGAAACAGUGAGAUUGUUUAUUAACGAAACAUUUAACAACAUAUAUUAGAGUAUAGCCACAUCUCAGUGACCAGUGACACGAUUACUCUUAAAAUAAAUAAUUUCAAAAGGCAUUUUAUUUAAGUAGGAGAAAGUAGCGUAAAACCGGGAAGUUGGGAGCAAACCAGGUACUCCCUUCUAGCCCCUGUAAGCGCUGUAAUGGUGUGGACAAGAGAGGAACUACCUUCCAUCAUGAUGAAAAAGCAGCAGCCAUUAAAUUUGAUUGCAAUAGACUCGCUUCUUUCAUUCCUGUGAAAAAAAUUCUGUUUGAGUGGUUUUUGCUUAAAAUUUUUGAACCAAAGUAGACGGAUUGUACUACGUUCCUGUUUAUGCAACACUAAAGGUAUGUAGCUCUCCUUGUACAACAUUUAAUUACCUUCAUUAUCAUUCUAAGUAAUUGUCUGUAGCGUUCUGUAUAGUCGUAUGACAGCAUUUUUAUGAAAACUGUACGCGCGGAGCAAAACCGGGUACUAACCGAGGGGCAAAAUCGGGUACUAUCCCCAUACAUUGAGAGAAAGACGCAACCGAAGGAGGACAAGAUAAAAGAAAAAACUCAUUUCGAGGGGCUCCCCAUACAAGCUUCAUCUUUAGGCAGCAUUAGCAGAAAAGAAAAAAAAUGAUGGAAAGAAGACCAAAGAUGUACGGAAGAAAAAAAAACCUGAAGGAAAGAUAAACAAAUCAAAGAAAGGGCAACAUUAUAAAGAUGCCAAAAUAGAACAGACAGAAAAUAAGCUUCCAAAAAAAGAAAGACCGAAGGAGCAACUGAACGAUGAGUCCAGUGAAGAGGAUGAUAGUACUGCCUGCAUUUACUGCAGUGAGCUAUAUUCGGACUCCAAGGGUGGUAAGGGGUGGAUCCAAAGCUUCCAAUGUCGUCGUUGGGCCCAUGAAAGCUGAUCUGGGACCGAAGAGGAAGAUAACUAUUUUACUUGCGACUGGUGUCAAUAGGCCUUACAUUACAGCAAAAAAUUAAAGGUAAAGACAAUUAAAUUUACUGUCAACUCAUCAAUAUGCGUCCGUUUAUACUUAUUCUAGUAUGUUAUGACAAUAGUUAACAUAUAUGUCACUAAAUAAAACUAGAAUUUUUUGGAAAUUUUUAAAAAUUUUGAUUUUUCCACAGCAAUAACAUGUCUACCCGGUUUUACCCCACUAGUGGGGCAAAACCAGGUAAAUGACUUUUUUUUUUUUUUUUACAAAAAAUGAAUAAAAAUUAAAAAACAAAAACACUUAUGGUUUUGAAACUGUGGUUGCAUUAAUAGAUAAGUAGUGCAUACUUUUGCAAAAUUUUGUUUCUUUAUGCUAAAAACUGUGGUUUCUGGAAGACUGCAAACCUUAAGGUCCCUGUUUUACCCUACUUUCCCCUACAUUUUGUUUCAAAAUGAUUCGUGCUUCCUCUUCCUUCAGGGUAGGCAAUUUAAAGAUGCAUAUAAAAUGUAUAAUGCUGUUGACAAACCUUACUGAAGGGCUCCCCAGUGGCGUCAAAUAGGGGGUCGAAAGGGGGCAGUUGCAGCCCUAAAUUUUUUGAGAGGAAUGAUAAAAAACGAGCAAAUUCAAUUUACGUAAACCGCAAACCAAUGUUCAUGAAAAAAAGAAUCUUCCUGGUUCUCCGUAAUGGUUGAAGAAACUCGACAUAUUUUCAGACAUGAGCAAGUGUUUUCCGUUUUUUAAAUAAUUAGAAAUUCAUCAAGCCUUUACUAGCCUUUUCAGAACAGAAAAAAAUGAUGAAUCACAGUUAAUUUUAACUAAAGACAUAAACCUAAUAUGGGCUAAAUAUUUCAUUCUUGUGUGCUCUGUUUAACAACGGUUAUAAGACGCCCGUGCAGCGGUGUGGCUGCAUAAUUUUCACUAAAUGCCUUGG